AUACCAUCUCCACGGUGGAUACUGAGCAGAAACCCCUACACCUGACCUCUCCAGACAGGAAACAGACGUCAGUUCACUAUUAAAGCUCCUUGGACCAGCUGAAAUGGCUUCUAUACCAGUAAUUGUGGCCACAUUAGUGUCAGGGUACCUCAUGUGGAGACUAAUCAGGUUUGCGAUGACGUACCGGAUGUGGAACCGCAUACACAAUUCCACUACCCCGAUGGGUACUCGACACCCGAUCUAUGGCACAAUGCACCACUACUCAGACGCGGAGGGAUUCUUGAAGCAUGUCAUGCCUAUUAUACAUAAUACUCGCGCCAAAAUGUUGUCGGGCUGGCUGUUCUGCCUCUUCCCAACGUUUGUCGUCUGCCACCCCGACACUGCCAAACUGUUGCUCCGCUCGUCCGAACCCAAGGCAAAGCGCUUCACCAUGGUGUACCGAUCCAUCUUACCUUGGUUAGGGUGAUGGUUUAUUGGUGAGCGAUGGACCAAAGUGGGAACGGAACCGGAAGUUACUGACCCCCGCCUUCCAUUUUGAUAUUCUCCAACCAUAUGUAAACAUCUAUAACAAAGUCACCGACAUAUUACUGGACAAGCUAUGGUCAGAGGGUAAGGACGGCCAGUCUGUAGAGGUGGCCGGACCGGUGGGGCUAGCCACACUGGACACCAUGUUGAGGUGUGCCUUCUCGUACGAGGGAGACGUCCAACUUAAAGGGGAGAGCCAUCCAUACGUCCGAGCGGUCAAAGAUCUGUCUCACACCUGCAUUCGGAGGACCAUCCGGCCUUGGCUAUUCCCGGAUCUGGUAUUUUACCAUACAAAAGAAGGCCGACAGUUUCGGUCUCUCACACAAUACGUCCAUACAUUCUCCUCUGACAUCAUCAAGGCCAGACGAAAAUCUAUCACCGCUGAUCCUUCCCAACUAGACAAACGGCGGCUCGAUUUCUUGGACAUACUGUUGUCAGCUAAGGAUGAAACCGGAACUGGAAUGUCGGAUGAGGAUAUUCAGGCGGAAGUAGACACAUUUAUGUUUGAAGGUCAUGACACCACAGCCUCAGCCAUCAGCUGGGCAAUCUAUGCCCUGGCCAAGUACCCGCGGGAGCAGGAACGUUUGGCAGCGGAAGUGAAACAGGUUAUCGGAACACGGACAUGCGUAGAAUGGGAAGAUUUAUCUAAACUGCGCUAUCAGAGUGUAUUUAUCAAGGAGGUUAUGCGCAUGUACAGUCCCGUGCCUUUUGUGGCGCGAUGCCUGACGCGCCCUCUGGUGUAUGAGUCCACAGUAAUUCCUGCAGGGUUUGGUGUAGAUAUCAACAUUCAUGGCAUUCACCACCAUCCGGAUGUGUACCCCGAUCAUGAAACUUUCCGACCAGAGAGAUUCUCCGACGGCUCUGUGGAGGAAAGGGAUCCGUACGCAUUUGUACCAUUCUCUGCUGGACCUAGGAAUUGCAUCGGUCAAAAUUUUGCUCUAAACGAAAUCAAAGUUGUGCUAACAAGACUUUUGAGAAGAUUUCACGUGGAACUCGACGAGGAUCACGAGGUCACGUUCGUACCGGAUAUGGUAAUGAGGGCAAAGUACGGAAUCAAAGUCAGACUGUUGCCUCGCUGAUCGACGGAGAUGGAGUUUAAUACCAUUGUUCAUUAAGCUUUAAAAUGCAUUAUUUGACAACAACAACAACAACAAAAACAACAACAAAAAUAAUUAAUCAAAAAUCAAAUUGAAUAAUCAUACGAUGGUUUCAUUUAUUGAGAGAUUGUUUGCAAAUGGGAUAGAAUCUUGAUUGAUAGAAACGUUUUUAAUGCAAAUUUAUUGUAUAGGAAUGUAUAUGACAAAAUAUAUUUUAGAUUGAUAUCGUUAAUUGAUAUCGUAACCAGCUUCAAGACAGUAUUAGUGUCUGAUAUUUACAUGUUACUUGUUCAUACUGAAACAUUCUAUCAUAAUCCAACGACUCUUGGAUGGCAUUUAUUGUAUUAUCAUGGUGUCAAGCAUCAUUCGACAUCCAUCACGGGAAAAGUGAUACUCGGAAUCACGAUCACUACCUAUUCUUUACAAAAAGUUGUCUAGUUGACGCGUCAUGAGAACAGAGAUGUUAUGCUAUAAUUUUUUUUAAUUUUCUAUCAUCAUCUUUUCCUUCCUUGAUAGUAACGUCCAUGCCUCACUUGCCUUACGUCAUGACUAUCAGGGAAGAUAUAUGCUGCUCAGCUGCUAAUCAUGUUAAUUUGUGCCAUAAACUUUCCCUUCCUUGACAGUUUCAUCGAUACUUACUUGCCUAACGUCAUGACGAGCAAGGAAUGUGUAUGCUACUUAGCUGUAUAAGCGUAGGGGUUUGCUUUUUCUAUCAUAAACUUUCCCCUUCAAGACAGUUACGACCAUGCCUCACUUUGCUAACGGGAUAUGGAUGUCACAGGCGAGUCGGUAAUCAUUGGAUUAAUGCGAAUAUUACGAGUCCAAAAUAUAUAUCUAACUUUGCUUGUCAAACAAGCCUGUUCUAAAGGUGUUCACAAAUGCAUGCUAAUGAUGCAUAUGAGGUUUUAAAGGCAUGGCUCUUAAUUCAUUUGGAAAUAAUCUGUCUCUUUGUGCGUUACGAACUUUAACAUUUUCGAUAGUGUUCUUUAGAACGGAUCUGGUUUCUUUAUAAAAUACCUCUUAUUUCAAUGGCGUGAAAUCUCUUGGAUAUUUUCUAGAAUAAAUUUGCAAAUGACAGCAAAUAAACUUAAAACGGGCCCCCGGAACACCCAGUCUUCCAUCCUUUAGACUUUUAAAUUGCUUCCACUUGGAAAUUGCCUCAUUCUUCAUUCAUUCUUUGAUCAAUUGUCGUCAACAUCAACGGUGUAUUGACAUAUUAGUCCUGUAUACUCUAUACUGCGAUGCCACGUAGCGUGACUAUGCAGGUUUCGCUUGUAACAGCUUUGAUACUUGUUCAGCAGGAGGUAGCUAUCACGUGACCAUGGGUAAUGCAUGGUGGGGAGAGUUCUAAUCAAUCUUAUCAGUGAAAUUGACACACAUUUCAUUUUGGUCUGUUAUUUCGUGACACCCUUCAAGACUAACGGGUAUGCAGUACGACUAUAUAGAGACAACCUUUUGUAUUAUUGAUCAGGGAAAUGUUUUGCACGCGUGUUUUGUUGAUCGUGACCUGUGUUAACAUGAUCUACAUUUAAGUUGGGUAGAAACGUCAGGACUUUUGUAAUAUAAUGAUACUUUGAUAUACCUAUGAUAUAAUGUAUAUCUAUUACAGCAAUAUUAAAUAUCUAUCAGAAUACACUUAUAUAUAUCUAUUGUAAUAUGAAUAUUAUACUUUAACAAAGGUGCACCCAUGAUUUGUGUUAGGACGUUUGUUGUAAUAAGAUACUGUUAUAUGUUUUUAUAUUACUAUAAAAGUAGAAAAGUAUGUCUCCUAUCAAUGUUGAUGUUCCAUGUGCUACCAUUGUUUGUCCUUUAUUAGUGCUGUAAUAUCCAGACCAUUAGUAUCAAAUGCUGACAUUAUCUUUCAUUAUAGAUUUCAAUGGUGUCAUACAAAAUCAAUCAAACUUUAACUAUAGCAGACAACGUAAAGAUUUAAGAGCCGUUCGUCACUGCUUUGUGUAUCGAUCGGUGGGCAACAGCUGUAGUAUUGUGCUAAAGACAAAAGUGAACAGUGCCCUUAAGAUUAGACAUACAGUAAAAUGAUAACAGUUAAUAAUUAAUACCACGGGACUAGGGGAAAUAGUUCAGUGUAUCCGAAGUUCGUUAUGUUUAGCAGAAAGUUGUAUCAAGUCUGUGCGUCUUGAGAAUGCUUUGCUGUAUAUAUAUUAAAUGGCGAAUAAUGAAUGUAGACAAAAUAACGUUUUGAUAUUUCAAAACAUUUAUCACAGAAGUAAUCAACGCCAACUUUUCGAGAAAGAAAAAAAACCCAAACAAACAAGCACACAAACCGAACAUCAUAAAGAUGUUUAAUUGAUAGUAGUGUCAAAGGGAUGGAAGCCAAACUAGUGAAUACACGUAUUUGAUGUACUUCACACCCACGUGGUUAGAAUUAAAAAUAAUCAUAAACUGGGUAUAAAAUACUUCAUUUUCUGCUUAAAACAGAUGGAAGUCCCUUCUUUGAUGCAGUGGUAAGAUGUAAGGAAGAUGACGAAGUUCCAUUAUUUAUAAUACUUGGUUGAGAUCAAUUAUCAUUAAAUGUAUUAUGAUAACGACAAUAAAAAUGUCAGAUUUAUCUGUUGGGUUUAAAACCUGUACGUGGAAGUAGUUGUUGUUUUAAAUUCGUCUGUAAUGUAUUGAAUGACUCGCACUUACUAGUAAUUUAAUUUCCAUGCGAUUGUUUUAUGUUAAAGACACAGAAAUCAUAACGUAAAUAAAUAUAAAACAUAUUAUUCUUAUCUUCAUUCACAUGCAGAGAUAAUUAUGUUCAAGAUUUCAGACAACCGGUUUGUAAUAUGCACAUUUAAAGAAUAUGGAGCAGAUUACAAACUGUAUUGAUUUUAACCCAUGAUCUUACUUAUUUCAUCCUAAUAUUUUCUACAUACCUAAUCCAACACUUUAAAAACGACAAUGAUUAUUAUGACAAAGCAAACCAAUACAACAUAACCUGUUAUUCGAUGGUGUUAACUCUAAUAUAAUGCUUUAUCACAUUUAAAAAUAUCACUUUUUAACAUCACUUUUUCUGAUUUGAUUAAUCAAACUACUUACAAACGA